AUGGAAGCCCGAAUUUUGAGACAACUAAGCGCACGCCUUAACGCGCGCAUAGAUGGGUUGGAGCCGAGGCUCAACCCUGCGCCGCGUCUUCGGCCUCCCCUCGCUUCUGACAAGAGAAAGGAGACCGCUCAAGGAGCGCAGUUGGCCGCAACAAGGCCUAAACCCAAAACCGCUACCCCAGAACCCGAGGUGACAACACUAACACCUCCGGCGAACCCUGGUCGGCAGGAGAAGAGGAAGAGACGGGAGAAAGUGACUGCUGCGGCGAAGGAGGCGGCAGCCACCAGAAGGGACGGUUCGCCCAAAACUCCGGGCGCGGCCGAGGGCACACCCUCGAAGGAAUGGACAAAAGUCUCAAAUCGGAAGGGACAGAAGAAGGCAGUUCCGCCGCCGAAAAAGGAGCACAAACAGAGAAGACUGCGGGCCCCGAAAUCGGCGGCAGUGGUCAUCACUCUGCAGCCAGAGGCCACAGACCGGGGCGUCUCUUAUAAAGACGUCCUGGAAAGGGGCAAGAAGAGGAUAGACUUGGCGGCCAUGGACAUAGGGGCUGUCAAGUUUAAAGUGGCUGUCACCGGGGCGCGCAUGCUUGAGGUGUCGGGUUCGGGCUGUAAGGAAAAGGCCAACCUCCUUGCAGACCGGCUUAAAGAAGUGCUGGCAGAGGACGCCCGGAUAUCCAGGCCGCAGAAGUGCGCCGAACUACGAGUGUCGGGACUCGAUGACUCCGCGUCCGCUCCCGAAAUAGCGGCCGCCAUCGCCAACAGUGGCCUUUGCGCGGCGGAGGAGGUGAAAGUCGGCGAGAUUCGGCGCAAUCGAGGGCGCGGCACGGCGUGGGUGAGAUGCCCAGUGGAGGCCGCCAAAAGAGUGACCGCGAAGGGCUGCAGGACAAAUGUCGGGUGGACCGUGGUUCAGGAGGCGCUCAUCAACGAAAUAUCAAAAUUGAAUACCCCAUCAAACACAGGAUCUUCAAUGAUGGGUUACUUCACUUCUGGUGAUUCAUCUCAGUGA